CCUUGUUCUCUGCUCAUGCUGUUGGCUCUUACUGAUGAGCUGGUGAUUCCUUUCCAGAUGUCCAACAUCACAGUCACAUACAGAGACGGCCGAGUGGCACAGCUGGAGCAGGUGUACAUCCGUGGCAGCAAGAUCCGCUUUCUCAUUUUGCCUGACAUGCUGAAAAAUGCGCCCAUGUUAAAGAGCAUGAAAAAUAAAAACCAAGGCUCAGGGGCUGGCCGGGGAAAAGCUGCUAUUCUGAAGGCCCAAGUGGCUGCAAGAGGAAGAGGACGUGGAAUGGGGCGUGGAAACAUCUUCCAGAAGCGAAGAUAAAUUUAUCUGUUGAACAGAACUUUGCCAUUAUUUUUUCCUUUAGAUUGUCUGGAUUCAAGGGGCUAUAUGCUUAUGUAUAUGUUCUAGGUUUUCUUUUGACCUCUUUAGAUCAGGGGAAAUGUUAAACUAAAUAAAUAUGGCGGUGAUUGUU